CAUGGCUUUUAAAGGCCUCCAUUCCUAUGUCCUAAGUCUCUGAGUUAUUUCAUUGCAGCGCACUCAAGUUCUCCAUUGAAGCGCACUCAACGUUCUCCAUCGAAGCGUUCUCCGUUGAAUCUAAUUCUUGUAUCCCCCAUUGAAGCAGCUUCUAAGGGCGGCCGCCCCUCCUGCCCUGCCUCAGGGACGGGCCUGCUUAAACCCCCUGCUAAAACUCUUUCUCCUUUGAUUGUAAGUCCUAAACAAUGAGAUUCAAAAAGCAAAAGCGUCACAGAAAAACCGUCAGAUUCUACACUGCUUGCUUUGGUUUUCGAGAACCAUUCAAAGUUCUAUGCGACGGUACUUUUGUUCAUCACCUUGUUUCUAAUAAUCUUCCUCCUGAAACUACCGUCUCCAACACUCUUGGCGCUUCUGUUCAGCUCUUCACUUCCAAAUGUGUUAUCGAAGAGUUGAAGUCUCUUGGAAAAUCACAUGUUGAAUCAUAUCGUGUUGCUCGGAGAGAUUACAAGCUUGCUAGAUGUGAGCAUGGAGAACAGGAAAGUGCCUUAAAUUGCAUAAUAGAAGUUAUUGGAGAAAACAACCCUGAACACUUCUUUGUUGCUACACAAGACAUUGAAUUACGAAAGAAAUGCCGAAAGGUACCUGGAGUCCCAGUGAUGUUUGGUUUACGAAAUGCUGUAUUUCUUGAGCAACUUUCAUCCUAUCAGCGUGAAUUUGUGAAGGCAGCUGAAGAAGAAAGGCUACAUAUGACUGAUUCAGAAUAUAAGUUGUUACAAAAGAGAGUAAAGGGCAUAUUGAAUACCACGGAAUUAAAGGACCUGGCAGAGGAAGGAACUGACGAUGAAGAUUUACUGGGUCAGCCUGUAGUAAGUCGAAUGCCUAGUAAGACAGAUGCAAUUCAUGCAAAGGACAAGGCUCAAUUUAAAAAGAAGAGAGCAAAGGGUCCAAACCCGCUGUCGUGUAAAAAGAAGAAAUCUAUUAGCAGUUCAGGACCUAGUGCUGAGAAGGCUGACAAGACUGAUAGUGAUACGAAGAGAAGCAGGCCUAGGAAGAGAAAGAGAUCUCACAAGGCCAACACAUCCUCAGAUACUGUAUAACUUUCGUAAGAGUUUCUUUUAGGUCGAUCUAUGGGUUAGAGGUUUUGAUGGCUCUUAAUUUUAUUUAGAGAGUGGAAGAUGGCUCUUAAUUUUUUCAUAUAGUAUGAUUGUCAUGUCUUGUUAAUUUUGUUUGUGGAAUAUUCAACUUAUGCCCAAAGCAUGUCAUUCUUUAGUAAAUUUAUUCAACUUAUAUGAUCACAAGUAUAGUGAUAACUGACCUCUUGAACUAUAUGUACAAUCUUAUUAGGCAACUUUGGAAAAAUUCAUGACUAAGAUUACAAAAUGGUAAGUAUGUUUUGGCCUAA